GCAAAAGAUAGAGGUACAUGCAUUGAUGCCUCCCACCUCGAAGCAGUUGAUGACCAUGACGUGUUCAAUGCAUAUCCUUGGGCUUGGGAGUCAUACCUCUUGACUGUGCGGCAUCUGAAGGGGAUGAUGGAUGGCCAACCGGAGAAAUUUCUAGAAAAGAAAAAUAACAACUCCAAUUUGAAGUCUUGGAAAUAUGCGUUGUAUGGAUUUCCACUUGUUCUGCAGAUUUGGGCUUAUGAGACGUUUCCAGUGCUUGACGACGAGGUUGCUCAGUGUAAUCGAGCGAUAAAAUGUCCAUUGUUACGUUGGGGAGCCAAGAAAUGCCCACAGUACCACUCUCUAAAGCAGUUGUUAUUCCCUAAUGAACCUGAAGAAGUCGCAAAUAAGAUGGAAAACACACUUGAUUUGUUGUUUAGAAGUGUUGAAGAUUUAAAGAACACUCUAAACAAAAGGAUUGAUGCUUUGGAGGAUAAAAUUGAUGGUUUGUGUUGUGACGUGAAGGAUAUGUUCACAGUUGAUGGCAGGAAAAGGAAGGGGGCGGUAGACCAUGUGACGAGGGUUGAACGAAGGAAAAGGAAGGAGAAUGGAAAGGAAGUAUUGAGCGUUCAAGGGAGAAAAAGGAAGAGGAUGGGAGCUCACUAUCGAGGGAAGAAAAAGAAGGCUGAUCAAUGUGAAGAAGAAGAAGCGGUAGAGGAAAAAGUAGAAGAAGAAGAGGAAGAAGGGGAAGAAGAAGAAGAAGAAGAAGAAGGUGAAGAAGAAGAAGAAGAAGAAGAAGAAGAAGGGGAAGAAGAUGAAGAUGAUGAUGAUGAUGAUGAUGAAGAGGCUACAAAAGAAGAAGAAGAAGAAGAAGACGACGUGGAAGUAGACAGAAAACAAGAAUCUGAAAAAGAAGAAGAAGAAGAAGGUGGAAAAGGAAACUGGCAAGGAGAAGAAGCAGAAGAAGAAGGGAUCAACGGAGAAAAGGUAAAGCAGGUUUUCGAUAUGCAAGCAGACGGGGGAGCAGAAUGCAGUCAAGGCGAAGGUCAGCAGCUUGUCCAGAAAGCUGUGUAUGAUUUGUAUCAAGAUAAUAUCAUCAACACCCAAGAGUAUGCUAUAGCUUGUUUAACUCCUGGACCUGUUGAGCUUGUGUAUGAGCAGGAACAAGUGAAGAAUGAUGUGGUUGAGCAACAGGCUUCUGCAUUGCUCCCAAAGAAGGAGUUGGCAGCAGAAAAUGCUAACAAAAGGGUGAAGAAAAAAUCAAAAUUUGUGAAGACCCCUUAUACCGACCCAAGACACUGGAAGAGAAAAUACAAUCCACACAAUCCAUUCUCUAUAACAUUCAGUCAUGAAGAAUGGGAUGAGCUGAAUUCUUGGCUGGAAGAGGAUGAUGGUCAAGAUCCUAUUAGUGUACAUUUGAACCUCACAACCGUGCACACCGUGGAUCGUACUUUUUUUAGAACCCUUUUGUGCAAUGAUGCAUGGUUGCAUAGCGAUCACAUCCAAGCCAUGGUAGAGGAAAUGAUGUGUGGCGUUCAAAAACUAUCUCACCUGAAAGUGGCGAUAUAUGGACCAAUGUUUGUGUGCCAUUUGCUUGGUAAGGUAGUUGGUGAUAAAUCAUGGCCCCAUGACAGAUACCUUAGAAGACUGGAUUGGACACAUUUGGAUAAGGUCUAUUUUAUAUUGAAUGCAAGAUCAAAGCACUGGAUUCUGAUGGAGACUGAUAUGGUAAUGAAAGAGGUUCGAGUUUACGAUUCUAUGUCUUCUUCAAGAUUAACUUCCGAUGUAGCAACAGUGGUUCAAAGGAUACCGGCUCUUUUACGCACUGUAAAAUGUAGAGUAGAUCAAAGAUCUUGCGAUGAGUGGAAGACUGUUGUUGCAAAAAAAGUGCCCCAACAAAAAUCUGAUUCCGGUGACUGUGGCAUCAUGGUACUUGCAUUUGCGGAAUACUUGAUGGCUGGGUUGCCACUUCUACCCAGUUGUAAGCACGAUCAUGUCCAAGACUUCCGCAAAGAAUUCGGUGUUCGCUUGUGGCGUUUGAGUAAUGGGAAUGAACCUAAACAUUGUCCUUAAAAUCAAUGAAUGCAAGGUGUUUUU